AGGAUCAUAAAGCUAAAGUUGAACAGGCUUGCCAGGCUGCAGAAGAAUUCUCCAAACUCUACUAUGAACACUUUGACAAGAAAAGACAUGGUUGAAACUACUUAGGAGAGAUGGAAGACAGAAUUGAGGCACUGACUCCAUCUGGCGUCCCCAUGGCAACUGUUGUCUUGGAAACACCAGUAGUUGUCGACCAAUCAGAAAUGGACAAUUCUCUGAAAUUCUAUAGAGCACUGAUUGAAAAUGACAUGAACAUGGUAGAACAUUUGGUGAAAAACAAAGAAGUGCACAUUGAUAUGAUUUUCAUGGAUGGUUUUACAUACGUUCAGCCCACAUUCCAAGGUUGGGGAGCAUUGCAUAUAGUGACGAGGCGAGGACUGGGAGAAUCUCUUAAAUUCCUUGUCUCUUUAGGGGCCGAUGUUUUCCUUAGUAACAAAGAUGGUGACACAGCUCUUCACAUCGCUAGCAGAUACGGUCAUGUGCAGUGUGUGGAGAUUCUGCUGGAAUGUGACAUCAGACUGAAGGAUUAUGUGAAUAAUCAAGGUCUUACACCACUAAUUAGAGCUGUUUUUAAAUUUGAGCAUGCAUUCAAAGGUCAGUACAGGAAGACAGUGAAAGCCCUUCUUACAGCAGGAUGUGACACAAAUAUCUGUUCAUUGUCAAAAGUCACCCCUCUACAUCUAGCUGCUGGACGUGGCGAUGCCUACUUGUCAAAGAUGUUGAUAGAUGGAGGAGCAGACGUCAGUGCCAUCUGCAGCCAAGGAUCUAGUCCUCUCCUUAAGGCCCUAUAUGCUCUACGUGUGAAUUUAGAGUGUGUUAAAGUCCUCCUUGAAGCCAAAGCAGACGUCAACAUUGCUACCAUAUCUGGCCGCACUGUUCUUCAUUUAGCGAUUUCAAAAUGUGAUGAAGAAUGCGUUGAAGCGAUUCUUAAAGCAGGAGCUGACUCAAAUGCUCAGGAUAAUUAUGGCAAGACUCCCUUGUGGAUUGCAGUUCAGGAAAACAACAUCAGGUUUGUCCCAAUCGUUGCCAGAUAUGGAGGAAACAUCAACUACAGACUUGCUCCUCAAAACCUGUCACUUCUGUCUCUUGCCAUAACAUGCCAGUCAACAAACAUGGUGAAGCUUCUCCUUGACCUUGGGGCUUCGGUUGACACAGAAACCAUCAUGCAAGCGUCUCCUUUAUCCCACAGCGUAGAAACACUCAACAUUCCAAUCAUUAAGGCUUUGUUACGUCGUAACUGUCGUCUGAAUGUGGUCGGCAAUGCACGACAUACUCUGAUUCCUCAGUCACCGAUUCAAAUUGCAUUUGAACUCGGUAACCUUGAAAUCAUCCGUCUGCUCAUGAGAGCAGGGUGUAAGGUCAAGGCUGUCUGGCUCACAUCACAGAAACUUCCACCAGUUAUGAUGAACAAUCAGAGUUUGUUGCAGUGGGUAGAAAGCUACUUCUAUUCCGUGCCUUCCUUGAUGCACUUGUCAAGACUCUGUAUACGAGAGAUUCUCGGACCAGAUAUUCAGCCCAAACUUGAGCAGUUGUCACAGCAAGAACUUUUGCCAAGGCGAGUUUUAGACUAUCUCUUACUAGAAGACAUCUUGGAAGACGCUUUCUGAUGAAUGAUAGAGGCUGUUAAGGAACAUUAUUGAGUCCAGUGACUGAAAACCCUGUUCUUUUUAUCAGGCUGUUGCAGAUAUUCAGAUUUCUAUUUCAAUGUUAAUUUGUUUUUCCUCUAUCCUUGUCAAAUACAUUAUGUAAGAACAAUAAACAUUGAUAAAAGGAUGUUCAUAAUCACAGGCCAAAAUGUAAUUUAUUGUAUGUAGUUUGUUUAAUUGUGACCUUUUCAGUGAUUUCUUAACCAGUUACAAAUGCCUGUAUCAUGUAUAUUAACAAUACCAUCUUUCAGAGGCUUAAUUACUUUCCUUGCCAAAAUGUAUAAAAUGAAAAAAAAUGAAUUCCUUCUUUUUAUAAUUCCUUACUUGUGGUCCCAGUGUUUUUGGUAAUCCCAACGUCCAUCAGUCACAUGACUGUAUUUUAACUUCACUCUUUUGUCUCUCCUUUGUAAUAUAUUUAAAUAUUUUUACUAUUUCUCUUUACUCUGAGAUGUAAAUGUUAAACCCAGUUACCUCCCCUUAACUUAUGGUCAUAUUUGUUAUUGUCAAUCUCUUUAAAAAGAGGUAGAUUACUCCAGCAAGUUCUGACAAACCUGCAUACUGUCCAGUCUGGAUUCGCUUCUUGAGUUAAUUCGAUAUCCACUUUCAUAACAAUUCCUUUGCAUGAUACAAGAAUUUCAGUCUGAACAAAAAACAUACACAAAAUAAUUGUUUCCUUUUGGUAUAGACUUUUGGAUGAAUACUUAGGACAGUUUUGUCAGAUCUUGACCAAAGGGCAUUGAUCAAGAGUGAAAGAUGUGAUUGUAAUGUGAUUUUGAUAACAAUUUUGAUUUUUCUUUGUACAACAGCAUGACAAUUUGUACACGAAGUAUUGUUUUGACCGUGUCCUUUUCACAUGUAUUGAAUAGGUUGAUAGGCAGCGAGUUGCUUAGGGUGCCAGAAUUUGGUAUUCAUAGUUACCUCCCUUUGGUGUGCCAGUAAGCUGUGAUCAUGGGUUUGAAUCCUGGCACCCUGACAGUGUUCCUACAUCAACACCACAUCUGGACUAAUGGGUUUCACUAAGGCAGUAAAUGUCAGAAAGCUACAACAAUACGUCUGUCCUCCCACAUUAAGCUGACAUACUUGAUGCAGGAUUUUACAUGGACUUUGAAAUAUGGGAGUAAUGGUAAAUGUAAGUUGUUUUCUAAGUUUGUGAGUCAUGAAAAUAUUUUGUCAAUAAAAUAAUUUGAUUAUUUAUUGUAAAUAUUGCAAGGGUUGACAAAGCAUAGUCUGCCGUACAGACCCUGAAGUAAAUAUAUCCAAGAAAGCCCACGCAAGUCUAGAAAAUGUGGCAAGUCUAGAUUUCCU